CAGAUCUUAACUGCAAAUAUGUUUGUACAUUAGCCAAUUUGGCGUCAUGCGCCCUUCUGUACACAUUCGCUUAUUGAUUGCAAUCCCUUCUAAACGAAAUGAAUUUUGCUCGCAUGCUCACUUGCCAGUAAACAGCCAACCAACCAACCCACAAUGAAGCUCAAGCGACAGAGCAGCAAAAAAAAUACGCUUCAUCGGGCGAUUGGGCCAUUUUUAGUAUUAGCACAAUUUUUUGGUGUACUGCCUGUGGCUGGUGUUUGGCCCACUUCGCCCGUUGAGAAAGUGCGCUUUCGCUGGAUUUCCCCAGCGCUGCUUGUGAGCAUUGUCCUCUUGGUAUUCGCCAUUUUGGACUGUGUCCUCUCCUCCCGAAUUGUGGUCGAUCGUGGUCUUAAAAUUUAUACCAUAGGCUCGCUCAGCUUCAGUGUUAUCUGCAUUGCCUGCUUGGGCGGUUUUCUCUCUCUUUCAUACCGCUGGCCACAUCUCAUCCGGCAGACAGCGCGUUGUGAGUUGGUUUUCCUGCAGCCUGGCUAUGACUGCCAGUUGGGCCGACAAUUUGGUCAUCGUUUGCGCAUCUGGGGCAUGGGCAUGCUACUCGCAGCACUCGCCGAACAUUCAACGUAUGUGGGCAGUGCCGUAUACAACAAUUUUCGGCAAAUCCAUGAAUGCAACUUGGAUGUGGACUUCUGGUUUAACUACUUUCAGCGCGAGCGUCAGGAGCUCUUCGCCGUGUUUAAUUUCAAUUGGCUGCAGGGCAUUUUCAUUGAGUGGACCACAUUGGCCAUGACCUUUGUGUGGAACUUUGUGGACAUCUUUUUGACCCUCAUCUGUCGCAGUAUGCAGCUGCGAUUUCAGCAGCUACACUGGCGCAUUCGUCAGCAUGCCGACAAGCAAAUGUCCAGCGAGUUUUGGGAGCAGCUGCGCUAUGAUCUGUUGGAUCUAAGUGAUUUGCUGAAGCUGUAUGAAAAGGAGCUGGCAGGCUUAGUGCUUUUGGCCUGCGCCCACAACAUGUACUUUGUGUGUGUGCAGUUCUUUCACAGCUUUAAGGCGAGGGGCAGCUUUAUGGAUGAGUUGUACUUCUGGUUUUGCCUGUUCUAUGUCCUAAUCCGCAUGUCCAAUAUGAUGUUUGCUGCCGCCUCGAUACCGGAGGUAGCUCUGGACAUUUCCUAUACACUUUUUGAAAUACCCACUGAAUAUUGGUGUCUGGAAUUGAGGCGUAUACACGAAAUCGUCAUAACAAACACAUUUGCCCUGAGCGGUAAGGGUUAUUUCCUUUUGACCAGGCGUCUGAUCUUUGGUAUGGCUGGUACCCUGUUGGCUUACGAGCUGGUGCUGAUCAGUCAAAUGAGCGACUCGGAGGUGCAAAAGAGCAUUUGUAGUCGCGGUCAUGGCUCUGCCAGCAUUUUCUCGUAGUCCGGCCACUUAUAAUCAUAUUGCAUAUUUUAUGAGGCUGUCAACGGCAGACCUGCAAUUUGCCCAAAUGAUUGUAAACA